AUGGCACCCAGCGCGAUCCCGAAACCUGACAAACGCCAGCGCUCGAUUGCUCAAAUGUUUGGCGCCAAAGAUCCGUCGUUUGGAGUCACGAGUAAGACUUCUUCCCCGAGCGUUUCUUCCACCACAACCUCAUCAGCCAGGGUCACCGCGCCUGCUCCAAAGUCCAAGGGCAAAACAUCGAAUGUUCGAACGCUCGUGACGACCGGACGCUUGGCCCGAGUAUCCUAUCAGAAGCUGCAGCCGGUCGAUUCAGAGUCCUAUCGAGAUUCUCUAUCGGCUGAGUUCAAGGAGCUGCUCGCGCUGGAAAUCGAUCCCGAACAUGGCCUGGGCUCAUCCUACCUCCACGUCCUGCGAGCUCAACUUACCCAACAAUACUUCCUCGAUCUCAAGCGGUUUUUGAUUGCAGAGGGGCUCAAUCAACCACGAAAUAAUAUCUACCCGCCUGCCAAAAAUAUUUACCAUUGGAGUCGGGCUACACCAUUAGACCAGAUCCGGGUCGUUAUCAUCGGGCAGGAUCCAUAUCACGGUCCUGGCCAAGCUCAUGGCCUAUCAUUUUCUGUUCCUAAGGGUAUCCCUAUACCUGGCUCCUUGAGAAACAUUUACCAGGAGUUGAAAAGUGAAUAUCCGGAGUUUAAGGCACCUGGGCAUGGUACUCUCCGCUCUUGGGCUGAAUCUGGGGUCUUACUUCUCAAUACGUCUUUGACAGUGAAAAAAAGCUCAGCCGGCUCGCAUUCCAACAAAGGCUGGGAACAAUUUACGGAUGCCGUGGUUGAUGCGAUUGACUUGUAUGGUGGACUGGGACUUUUAAAAGAUAUCAAGCCUACGGAAGCAGACCAGACAAUUGAACCUGUGUCCAAACGCAUUAAACUAGAUCAUCCCACUUCGUCCGAAGCUAGCCCACCUGAAACUAAAGGUUCUCAGUCUACCACCUCACUUCUCGACCCCAACCCCCCCACACCGGUUUCAGUUUCAACCCUGAAGGCCUCCACUUCAGACGCAGAUCACACAGCUUCAGUUCCCGAUUCAGACAAAGCACCUCAUAGCGAUAAAAUAACCGCAGAAAAUCCGGAUCACCAGCCUUCAAGUGACAAAAAAUUGGAGGAAUCGCAGCCAGCGUCCCCGGAUAUCAAUUUAGCGGAAUCAACCACAACGCCGAAAUUAUCACAAGUUGCGGGAAGAGAUGAUGAUGCACCAUCAUCCAUCUUGGCCGAAGAUCCAAGAAAUCAAGACUUGCCAGGAUUCGGCAAAGGCGUUGUCUUUCUGUGUUGGGGAAAAUGGGCCGCUGAUCGAGUGGCACGUCUAUCCGAGUCAAAACAUUUGAUUCUCAAAUCCGCCCAUCCAUCACCUCUUUCAGCUCAUCGAGGAUUCUUAGGGAAUAAUCACUUCAAACUAGCCAAUGAAUGGCUAGAAAAGAAAUACGGCAAGUCGGCUAAAAUCAACUGGUGUGAUUUGAAGCCUUAA